GUGACAGUAUUUCUGAUCCAGUUCAAAAGUUUACACACCCUUAUAAUAAAAAUAAAAAUAAAAAGCCACGAUGGUAAAAUGUAUUUUCAUUCAAACACCAGAGGGGGGGUGUAAACUUUUCCGGGUUGUUGAACAGACAGACAGACAGACAGACAAGACAAAUCAACAGACAGACAGAUAAUUAAACAGACAGUCACAGAGACCAAUAGAUAGACAGACAGGCAGUCAGAUAAAUAGAGACAGACAGACAGACAGAUAAUUAAACAGACAGACACAGAGACCAAUAGAUAGACAGGCAGUCAGAUAAAUAGAGACAGACAGACAGACAGAUAAUUAAACAGAUAGACACAGAGACCAAUAGACAGACAGACAGAGAGUCAGAUAAAUAGAGACAGACAGAUCAUUAAAAAGACAGACAGACAGAUGUAUAAUUAGACAGACAGACAGAUGUUAGGUAACUCCCCCUCCCCGCUCGGUGUGAUUUUAGAUCAGUGUGUCCCGGAGCCAAUCCUGAGUGAUGCACACAGCAGGGUGUCUCGGUAUAAAACCCGCGCGCCGCUUAACGGAGACGCUCAGAUGCGACGUGUUUCCUGCCCUCAGAAAAACGGAAGAACAAAGGGUCCGCGCGCGCGCGCCCCCUUAACAUCCCGGACCAUGCUUCUCAUCAUUUUCCUGAUCAGUGUGUUAAGUGUACUGGGACCGGAGGGUCAGAGCCCGAGCGCGACGCUGCGCCCCCCGGCGACCGAGAACAGCGGCCAGUGCUCGGCCGCGUGCGAGUCCCGUCAGCAGAGUAAACUGCUGCGUCUGUACUCCAUCCACUCGCAGGUCCUGAGCGCGCUGCGCCUCGAGCGCGCGCCGAACCUCACCCGGGACGCCGCGCGGCAGCUCGUGCCCAGAGCUCCGCCGCUGCUCGAGCUUCUCAGCCGGUACGAGAGGCACAAUGGCAGCACGGGGGAGGAUUACGAGGAGGCGGAGGAGCGCGAGGAAGCCAGCACCGAGACCAUCAUCACCAUGGCGACGGAACCGCAAAGCACGUCUCAGGCCAACUCCAUGCCACGCUGCUGUUUGUUCUCGCUCAGCCCGAAGAUUUUGCCAGACAACAUCGUGAAGGCGCAGCUGUGGAUCCACCUGCGUCUGGGCAAAGAGGCCACGACCGUCUUCAUGCAGAUCUCACGCCUGCAGCCGUCCUUCUACAGCAACCCCCGACCCAAAAUACUCUCUCUAAAGAUCGACGUCGAUGCCCAGACCAACCCGUGGCAGAGCGUCGACAUGAAACAGCUGCUGCAGGCGUGGCUCAAGCAGCCUGAGAGUAACUUCGGCAUCGAGAUCAAGGCCUUCGACAGCCUGGGGAAAGACUUGGCCGUGACGUCCGCUGAAUCUGGGGAAGAAGGGCUCCAACCGUUCCUAGAGGUCAAAAUCACCGAGGUGCCGAAGCGCUCCAGACGAGAAUCCGGCCUCGACUGCAACGAGCUCUCUUCAGAACCCCGCUGCUGCCGUUACCCGCUCACUGUAGACUUUGAGGACUUUGGUUGGGACUGGAUCAUUGCGCCCAAGCGGUACAAGGCUAACUACUGCUCGGGCGAGUGCGAGCAGGUCGACGCGCAGAAGUUCCCACACUGGCACCUGGUGAACAAGGCAAACCCGCGAGGUACGGCCGGACCCUGCUGCACGCCCACCAAAAUGUCCCCCAUCAACAUGCUCUACUUCAACCACCGAGAGCAGAUCAUCUACGGGAAGAUCCCUUCUAUGGUCGUGGAUCUCUGUGGCUGCAACUGAGAUUCGCCAUCGCGCCGGGAUUCCCGCUUCCCGUCUCUGCUGACACGCUGUAUACAAAACCCCCACUUCCGAUAGAAAGUAAGGCUUCGUUGGGAACAUAGAGGAAUUCUGCUUCAUCUCCAUCACAGUACCAUUGACCUGCUCACUAACGCAUUUUUCUGAUUACAGCAACAUUUAAUGAUGUAGAAUAUCCGCAAAACAACUCGGUUCCUGUUCUCACUUACGUAUAAUUACUUACGCCAUUUUUUCUCUCAUGAAGUUAAUAAGGCAAAAAAAAAAAAAAGCGUAAAUUCCUCUGUCCUGAAGAUGUCGGAAAACGUAAAAGUUACGGCUUUACCUCCGACUGUCACGAAGCGCUGACACUGGAGACUCCUUCCGUCAACGUUCAUGUUAAUAAACGUCUCCUUACGUUAAGAAAACUUCGCCGUAUCAACAAUUUUUAAAAACCCGUUGAUGUUGAGCGUCCGUUGCACAAGUCCCUGCAAGUGAUCCGUUACUAUAGAAACGAUAACGUAUUUGGUUUUCUUUGGUAUGUCCUGUUGGAAGUUGGAAAUUUAUGAGUAUUAUAAUAGUUACGAGUAUUAGUUGAACGCAGCAUUAACACUUCCGCUCAGUGCCGAUGUAACAUUAUCAUAGCAGCACCAUUGAGGCGAGUAAUAAAACAUGCAAAAGAAAAUUAUAGCAACAUUAACAGGACAAAAAAAACCUUAUAAUUACCUUCCACCAGCAAGUGUUUUAGAUGUGGUAAGCACAUAAGAUAACGAUGUUUACUACAUUAAUGCGCUUUUUUGUUGUUUUUUGUAGAAUUUUACGAAUUUAUGGGUUUUUAUGAUUUAUAAGCGAAUAUAAAUAAUGAGCUGUGUCUUAAAAGAAAAAUGCAAUUCAUAAAAACAAAUCUGAGCAAUCUAUACAAUACCCCCGGAACAUUUAGGGUUGUGUUUAAAAGUUUGUGAACCCUUUAGAAUUUUUUAUAUAUCUGCAUAAAUAUGCAUUUAUCUUAAAUAAACGUCAUCAGAUUUUGAAGUCCUAAAAGCAGAUAAAGAGAACCCAAUUAAACAAAUACAUACAUAUCUGUAAGUGGCAAAAGUAUGUGAACAUCUUGGAUUUGCAGUUCAUUUGAAGGUGAAAUUAGAAGUCAGGUGUUUUCAAUCGAUGGGAUGACGAUCAGGUGAGAGUGAGUGAGCGUCCUGUUUUAUUUAAAGAACAGAGAUCUCUCAGAGUCUGGUCUUCACAACACGUUUGUGGAAGUGUGGAAAUGUAUCAUGGCACGAACAAAGGAGAUUUCUGUGGACCUCAGAAAAAGAGUUGUUGAUACUCAUCAGGCUGGGAAAGGUUUUGUAAGACAAAACCAUCUCUAAAGAGUUUGGACUCCACCAAUCGACAGUCAGACAGAUUGUUGGUCUCCACUCCUGGGGAGGGAACAAUGGUGUCGAAUUUCCUCCAUUUGUACACAAAGAUCACUCAAGAGCAAGACUUGUAAUAGUCCACAGGGUCACAAUGGAACCCAGGGUAACUUCUAAGCAACUAAAGGUCUCUCUCACAUUGGCUAAUGUUAAUGUUCAUGAGUCCACCAUCAGGAGAACUCUGAACAACAAUGGUGUACGUGGCAGGGUUGCAAGGAGAAAGCCUCUGCUCUCCAAAAAGAACAUUGCUGUCCAUCUGUAAUUUGCUAAAGAUCACAUGGACAAGCCAGAAUGCUAUUGGAAAAAUAUUAUGUGGACGGAUGAGACUAACAUAGAAAUUUUUGGUUUAGAUGAGAAGCAUUAUGUUUGGAGAAAGGAAAACACUGCAUUCCAGCACAAGAACCUUAUCCCAUCUGUGAAACAUGGUGGUGGUAGUAUCAUGGUUUGGGUCUGUUUUGCUGCAUCUGGGCCAGGAGGACACGCCAUCAUUGAUGGAACAGUGAAUUUUGAAUUAUACCAGCACAUUCUAAAGGAAAAUGUCAGGACAUGUGUCCAUGAUCUGAAUCUGGAAAGAAAGUAGGUGAUGUAGCAAGACCGUUACCACCAUAAACAUACGAGUCGUUCUAAGAAAGAACGGUUAAGGAAGAAUAAAGUUACACAUACUGAAAGCAAAGGUGCACAUACUUUUACCCCUCAUAGAUAUGUAAUACUGGAUCAUUUACCUCAGUAAAUGAAUGGCCAAGUAUAAUAUUUUUUGUCUCAAAUGUUUAAUUGGGUUCUAUUUAUCUCUUUUUAGGACUUCUGAUGUUGGAAAUCUGAUGAUGUUUUAGGUCAUGUUUAUGCAGAUAUAUAGAAAAUUCUAAAGGGUUCACAAACUUGCAAACACCACUGUAUAUGACAAACUUUCGUAGGUGGUCAUUCCAGUGUUAUUACAAUCAUAAGUACAGCAUUAGACUGGAUAUUAUUUAAAAUACGAGUUUGUGGGAUUAGGAGUCGUGUUUAUGACGAGUGAGAGUGGCUGUGUAAAAGCCACUGGCGAGUUGUUGACGUGAAUUGAAUUGUUUUAUAACCUAAAAGCACUUUGUCCUUUGCUAACCCCGACACAACAUCCCUGCUGAACCUGCCUCGGGCAUGUGGAGCUGAUUACAGCUCUUUAGAGAAAUAAACAAUCUUGAUUCGAGCUUACUUCACUUGCACACAGCAUCCUGCCGGGAUGAUAAAACAGCGAAUUCCCUGCCCUCAGCUUGACGACAGAGAGAGUACAGGCAGAUGGUCCUGUUCUUUGCUCCAUUAAAGGCGUACUGCACCACAAAUGUGCCGUUAGCACAGCUAGUUGAAUAACUUUAUUCAUUGUUAGCAAAGAAUCACAAAAAAGAAAGCCCCAAGAUGAAAAGAUACACAGCUAAUAGUGAAUAAAAAGUGAUGUUAGCCCGGUUUAUUGGUUAUUAGCAAAGUUAGCAUUUCGAAAGGUUUAAAACACCCAAACGUGUCUGAUAAGUUAGCCGAGAUGGCGCAAUUAACUAAAUAAUGGCAAUCUAUCUAGGUAGGACUAUGAAUUUAUUAUUAAAAAUGUUAGAAUCUGGUCGAGAAAUGAAUCCAACAGGGCUAAUAAUGAAUAAAAGAUGAAGUUAGCACUGUUAUCAGAAUCGUGCUACUUUUCCCAAAGUUUCCAUUGGUUAUUAGAAACGUUCGCAUUUUUGGGGACGAAUUAUCCCGGUCAGUAGAUAAAAGAAAUCAUAAAAUUUGCCGUUAGCACAGUUAGCGCAAUGCUGAAUUAAGCUAGCAAAUCUAGACUAUCAAGACUACAUUCAUUAUUAGCAAAGAACGAGAAGGAAUUUAGCAUAAUGACAGCUCUCUGUAAGAAUUUAUUCAUGAUAAAGUAAUAUCCCUUUCAUAUAGAAGAAGAAAGCUCUCAAAACCACAAAUAACUAAUAGUUUAAAAAAAAGGGGGGGUGGGGGGAGUACAAUUUUGAAUAAGGCUAACCUUGUAUGUACUUCAGACUCCACUGAUUAUUAGCUAUUAACAAAGCUAACAUUUUUUUUUUUUUUUGGGGGGG